AAAAGAUGCCUACUCAUUCACAUGUGGGCUAGUUGCUGAGCAACUCCCACCCAAGCCCAACCUCAACCAAGCGCUCUCAGAAGAGCAUCUCACACAUCUGAAGAACACAAGGACAUUGAGAACAUCAACAGCAUCGCUCUUUUUCAUAGGUGUGCAGCGGUGAAACUGAGGAGCACAAGGACCCUUACUGUUAAUGUGAAGCUGUCCAGGUGAAGGACUCGGCUUGCGCCAUCCUCCCUUUGCAGGACGCUGAAGGAGCUGGCAGGGUUUGUUCAUGCUGAAUGCUGCAGUUGGACAGACAAUAACUCAGUGUACCACAGAGACUGAAAUCAUCGCAAAAUGGACCAUCAGGACCACAUGAAUUCUGGACAGGUGGGUGACUCUCAGCACUCUCCUGGGAACAACAUAGCAUCUGGUGUAGCCAACAUGACCAUCAGUGACGGCCAUCAGCAAGACAUGAAGAAUGGGACAGCAGCACAUAUGGGACGGGCUGACGGGCCAGUGAAAGAGGACACACAUGAACCAACGCCUGAGGUGACAACUCAAAAGCCUGUUUUAGAAGACUCCGAACCCAAGCCCUCCUUUGAUAAAGAUGUGCCAUUGGAAGAUUUAACACCCGGAAGUCUGCCCGAGAGUGGCCGGAGCAGUGCGGCAUCAGUGGAUGGGGAGGGAGAGCGAGAGAAUGGGGAAAAGGAGAGCUCUGUCAGCCCAAGAGAGUCUCCAAUGUCUCCACAUCCACUACUGACAACUCUAGCUGAUGAUUUGGGUUCAGGGAUCACGGGCUUUGACAGCCAGAUGAAGAGGAGUCCCUCAGAAAAGAUGACUGACCAUCAUAGUACCAGUGGCUCUGAGGAGGAGGAGAAAGAAGAAAAUGAGAUGGAGAAAUCUGAGAGAAGAUCUGGUUCUCCCAGUGUGGAAGAAGCUCCCAGAAGUGCUAUCAACAUAAAAGAGGAUAAAGAAGAGGACAAAGAAGCAGUUAGUGAUGAAGAAGAGGAAGAAACUGGAAUUUCCUUGGUGCCCAGUUCUGUCACCCCAGACUUGACAGUCCAGAAAGAUGACAGCAUUGAUGAUGAACGAGAAACCCCUUCUCAUCUUCCCAUGACUCCAGAGGAAGCUAAAAAACAUGGCCUAUCGUUUGACUACACAGAACCUCAGGAUCCCAGUCGUCAAGGUGGUCCUGUGGGCUGGGAAUGCAGCUCUGACAAAACACCACCAGAAAGCAAGAGCCCCGACUCCUGCAGGGCUGAUCCGGGAUCACCUUUUUCUCCCAGUGCUCCUGCUGAACCUACCCAAGAGGAAUCAUCUCUAACAGACUUACAAACAGAUGCUCAGGAGGAAGAAGAGGAAGUAGAGGUACCAGAACCUGAGCAAGUAGAGGAGGCAACCACCGUUCCUCCUUCCUUCCAAGAAGUUGCUGCACCCAAGAUACAGCCUAAGGCAGAAGAAUGUCGAGAACCUGAAGAAGAAAAAGAGAUCAAGCAGGAGAAAUAUUUGGAGACGAGCGAUGAUGAUCUAAUUGAUACAGAGAAGGUCCAGCCUGUUGCCACACCUGAGCCUGUUGCCAUUCCUGAACCUGUUGCCAAAACUGAACCUGAAGCUAAGGAUGCCGUUAAGCCCAGUGCCCAAGUAAUGCCCACAAAAGCACCAAGCAAAGCAUCUCCUAUCAAAGAAUCUCCUGCCAAAAAAACAAAGAAACCCGUCGCUACAGUUGCUGCCACUCCUUCCCCUAAAUCUGCUCCUAAACUUCAGAAAACUCCCUCUAAAGAUGCUGCUCCGGCCAGAAAAUCAAGUGUCCCAUCCAAAGCCAAGGCUGGAGCAGGGGCAACUCCUGAAAAAAAGAUACCCACCACAACCCCGCAUGCAAAAUCUAGACCCACUUCUGCCCCCCAAAGAGGGUCUUCAGUCUCAGGCAUCCCCAGCAAAAAUCCCUCAGUCUCUUCCUCAACUCCACCAUGUCGCUUUAGCAGUCCAGGCUCUGCAAACUCUGUAAAAAGGUCCAAAAGUGCAGGAGCAAGAGAGUCCAGGGCCACGGCUGGAGAUGUCAAGACAAAGACAGCGGGUGCCAAACCCCAAGGAGUUGGCAUCAAAAUCCCCGCUGCUUCACGGAUGGAGCAGCGAAAGGCAGGACCAGGGUCCAUUGAAAGAGCUGACUCACCUAAAACCCCAGACCGUAGUGGUUGCAGCAGCCCAGCCAGUCGGUCCUCCACCCCUGGACAACAGGUGAAGAAAGUAGCGGUGGUGCGCACCCCUCCCAAAUCACCUGGUUCAUUGAGAUCUCGCACCCCGAUCGCUCCUGUUGCACCCCUGCCUGACCUGAAGAACAUCAAGUCCAAGAUCGGCUCCACUGAGAACAUCAAAUACCAACCUGGAGGCGGAAAGGUUCAGAUAGUGCACAAAAAGAUCGACCUAAGCAACGUCCAAUCAAAGUGUGGCUCCAAGGUCAACAUUCAUCACAAACCGGGAGGUGGGAAUGUGGAGAUCAAAUCUGAGAAGCUGGAUUUCAAAGGCCAGUCAAAGGUUGGAUCUCUGGAGAACAUUGGACAUGUUCCUGGGGGCGGACAGAGGAGGAUUGAGAGCCACAAGCUAAGUUUCCGAGAGCAAGCCAAAGCGCGCACCGACCACGGCGCUGAGAUCGUGUACCAGUCCCCCAACAUUUCCACGGAUGGAUCGCCCCGCCGUCUCAGCAACGUGUCUUCCUCCGGCAGCAUCAACAUGACCGACUCCCCACAACUGUCCACGCUAGCUGAUCAGGUGUCAGCCUCCCUCGCUAAACAAGGCCUGUGAGCUGCCGGCCCAAACUACACAUUGAAAAAAAAAAAAAAAAAAAAAAAGUUAAAAAUGUAUCUCCUUCAGUCCUUUCAAAAGAGGUGCUUGUCGGAUUUCUCCUAACUAAAGGUUGUCCCAGCGGCUUGUCUGCUUGUGAAAUAAUUUUUGCCUCCUGGCACGGAGAGACAGGUAUUGAUGUUAUUGGCUUAGUAUUAACAAAAGAAAAAGAAAAAACACUACAAUUUAAAAGGAGCUGGUGGUGUAUUGAUCCAAACGGUCAUUUACAGCACUGAGUAGCCUGAUUUUGUUCGUUUAAUACCCUGUUUUUUAAAAGAAACAACAAUGACAUUUGCUUUCAAAGCUGUAUUUGCUUCGUUGCCUUAUUGUGAAUGUUUUUAUUUACCAUAAAUGAUGCACUCCUGUUUUGACAUGCAGCAGUAGGGAAGGCAAACAUGCUUCAUGGUUUGGAAGGGUGCAGUUAAUGAUACUGGCUAUGAAUUUGAUAGGACAGAAACAUUUCAAACGCUCCUAGGUAAAACUUACAAUAGACGGACACAGUAGAGGCCCGCUAUAUAAUUAUUUCAAUAAACUGUUCUGUAGUGCAUGCUUUGGUGUUUAAUAAAAGCUUUUAAAUUCACAAAACACCUUAAUUGUGUGUUCGAUCCAAAUUAAAACAGUAAAGACUUUGAUAAAUCAUUAUUCUGAUGAGUCUAGGUUGCUAAUAUCAUAGUUUGGAAAUUUCAGUGUCAGACUUUACCUGUGAAUUCUAUUAAACUCCACAACCUCAUUCAUCACUACAGCAAAUUCUCAAGGCUUAUCUGUCCUCAUAAAUGCACAGGAAGUUGCAUCGCUGAAUGAAAUCUUGCUUGGCCUCUAACGACUCUUGACAGAGAAGAAAGCAAAUGUCAAUAUCUAAAAAUCAUUCAAAAAAUUGAAAUAAACUGUUGUACAGGGCUCAACAAUAAGGAUUUUUGUCUAUCUGGACAGUUGUUUAAAUUUUUUUUUUAAAUAUAAAAUUUUUAGCAACAUAUUUUGUCUCUAAAAAUAUUUUAAUUCUAGAUUUUUUUAACAUUAUUUAAUGCAAAUAAUUAGAAACGUAACUCCAUGAAAGCUAUGAAAUUUUACAUUUAGCUUUUGUUGUUUUUAAUAUUUUUUAAAAUAUAUAUUUUUAAUUUUAGCAACAUUUUAAGAUGAUCUUUUUACAAUUAUUUAAUGCAAAUUUUUAUUAAUGAAACUGCAUGAAAGAUUUUUUUUUUUUUACACAGCUAAAUGACAUACAAUGCAAAACCUUACUGAUAAUGUCUGCUAAUUAAUAACAACCAUUACAUCAUUCUUACGGCAUCUAAUACAUCGCUUGACGUUUCCAUUUUCAAAACAAAAAUGAUUGCUAUGUUUAAAAAGGUUUAUGAGACCAAAUAUAAGAUGUAAUGACUGCCUCACACAGGCCCCAGAUCACAUUGCCAUCCUUAUUGUUGAGCUCUGAAGUAGUUUGCCCUGCACGAGCACCAUCAAACUCGAGAUAUCACUCGGUACAUCCUCUCAUUGUUUCCUUCACCUUAUAUCUGUAUGUUAAUGAUUCUCCAGUAUUGAUGGAUUUCAGCUUCUGUGUCUUAAAUGCUGUUCCAAAGCAUGCGUGUAUGGACCAAUGCAAAAGACAUGAGAGGAUUUCAAUUCAAAGCACUCAAAAAAAUAACUGUAACAUCACAUAGGGAAAUCUCAUAUUGAGAACAGACAACAGACAAGUGCCUCCCGGUGUCCAUCAGCUACAUUCGAGAAGACUGUCUAUGUUUUAAAGAUCCUCUUUGGUCUUAGAUGGAUUCAGUCAUGCACAGCAGCACAGAGCUGAAACACGAUGCAGGACAUUUAACACACAGCCAAGCUCCCCUCAGUAUUAAAGCCUUCAAUACAGUCAUCAAACCAAACCACAACGCUCACACGCAGCACAUUCCCAGCAUGCAAUGGACUUCACCCAUGGUCUUGAAUAUAGUAACCAGUCACCACACCACACCCCUGUCCAACUGUUUAGAAAACUACCUUUACUAGAGCGUUUAACUCAUCUUAAAAACAUGAAAAGAAAGAAAAAAGUGGAGGAAGAUUGAAAAGAACAAAGCUACCUGCUUAAAUCCAGGUUUAUGUUGCACUCUUUUUUUCUAAUAGUAUUGUGUGGACGAUGUAAAAGAUGUACGAAUGCGUUCAGAAGAUCUGAUACUAAGCUUUUUAUUUAAUAUCUGCAGUGCAUUGCAGCUUUGCGCUCAUUUGAAAGUGAAUGCACUGAUUUGACAGAAGAGCUGCCUCUACACAAACUGCAUUACUCAUUUAGAUGUAUGUCUUGCAUUUAGAAAUGGGAGGGGGGAAAUAUAAUAAUAGGUAAAAUAGAGGGAUAAUUUGCAUCCAGAAUCCACAAUAUCAGUAAAGGACUUAACUAGUGCCACAUGCACGUCCCUCACAUGAGCCUGUGAGAAGCUUUAGACGGAUUGCUGUAAACCCAACACUGUGGCCGUCCUUUGAACAGCAUGCUGCUGCUAACAUAAACCUGAGCAUUUAGACGUGUGGGUUAAGCUGAAGAACAGAAAUAUCAGAUAAAAUGUUUAAAAAUGGCACUGGAUAAGGCCUUUUAAGUAAUUCUACCCUUUAGCUGUGUUUCAAACGGUUCUGUAAUAAUCUGUUAACCGGUUCCGAGGUCUCUAUCUCUCUCCUCCGUUUCAUUUCCCGCCUCUGCUCUUCUCUUCGCAGUUCUUCAUUCUAGCUUGACAGUUGUGAUUGUCUUUAUCGUAAUGUGUUUUAUUAAAUGGUUUACACUGAUACUCCUUGCUGUAAACGUGAAUUUGGAAAUAAAGUCCUUAUUAAACUGC